AUGUAUUCAGUCGAAAUUGAUAAACCUGCUAAUGAGCAUGAAACUGCUAUUAGAAGAAAUGUUGAUGCCAAAAAUGGUUUAGUUACUAUUCCAGUUGGUAUGAAGUGUACCACAGUUUAUGAAUUUGCUGUCGAAAGAUUCAACCAAAUUGCAAACAAAGAUGCAAUGGGUUGGAGAGAUGUUAUUGAAAUUCAUGAAGAAGAAAAGAUAAUCGUCAAGAAGGUUGAUGGUAAAGAUACCGAAGUUAAAAAAACUUGGAAUUAUUUCGAAUUAUCAGGCUAUAAAUAUAAUAAAUAUAGCGAAUUACUAACUAUAUUCGAGACUUUGGGUAAAGGUUUGCUUAAGAUAGGUUUAAGAUCAUCAAUAGACGAUACUAUUGAAGCUGACAAAAUACAUAUUUACGCUUCCACCUCUCAUAAAUGGAUGAAGAUCUUUUUAGCUGCUCAAUCUCAGAAUUUACCAGUUGUUACCGCAUAUGAUACCUUAGGUGAAAAAGGUUUGAUUCAUUCAAUGAAACAAACAAAUUCAAAGGCAAUGUUUACUGAUAAUGCAUUACUAAAAUCGUUAGUUAAUCCAUUAGCGGAAGCUACCAACUUAAAAUAUUUGAUUUAUUCCGACACCAUAGAUCCAAACGAUAAGAGAUUUGGAGGUAAAUUAUACAAUGAAGCAAACGAAGCAUUGGAAGAGUUGAAAAAAAUCAGACCAGAUGUCCAGUUUUAUUCAUUUGAUGAAAUUAUGGAGUUUGGUUCAAACAUUCCAAAUGAUACCACAGAAUUUGAAUUUAUUAGACCAAAGCCAGAAGAUUUGUCUUGUAUUAUGUACACCUCAGGUUCUACUGGCGAUCCAAAGGGUGUUGUAUUGAAGCAUAAAACUGUUAUUGCUUCCUUAGGAGGUUGCGGUGUCAACACUGCUUUUGUUGGCGAGACCGACAGAAUUAUUGCAUUCUUGCCAUUAGCCCAUAUUUUUGAAUUAACUUUCGAAUUACUUGUAUUUCUAUGGGGUGCAACAAUUGGUUACGCUAAUGUUAAAACAUUAACAACUGCAUCUGUUCGCAAUUGUCAAGGUGAUUUACAAGAAUUCAAACCAACAGUAAUGGUCGCAGUUGCUGCUGUAUGGGAAUCAGUUAAAAAAGGUAUUUUACAACAAGUCUCCAACUUACCUUUUAUAACCCAAAAAAUUUUCUGGGGUGCAUACAAAGCCAAGUCAACCAUGAAUAAUUAUCAUAUCCCUGGUGGUAAUGCUCUAGGUAACCUUGUAUUUAAAAAGAUCAAACAAGCGACUGGUGGUAACUUAAGAUUUGUUUUAAAUGGUGGUUCUCCAGUUUCUUUAGAAACUCAAACUUUCAUCACUAAUUUGAUUUGUCCAAUGUUGAUUGGUUAUGGUUUAACUGAAACUAAUGCAUCUGGUGCCAUUUUGAGACCAAAGAACUUUGAAUUAGGUGUUACUGGUGAUAUCGUGUGUGGUAUUGAGGUAAAACUAGUUGACGUAGAAGAAUUAGGAUAUUUUGCCAAGAAAAAUCAAGGUGAAUUAUGGAUCAGAGGUGACCCUGUUACGCCAGAAUAUUAUAAGAACCCAGAAGAAACAAAGAACGCUUUUACAGAAGACGGUUGGUUUAAAACUGGUGAUAUUGCGGAAUUUACUCCAAAAGGUUUCUUGAACAUCAUUGACAGAAAGAAAAAUUUAGUUAAAACUUUAAACGGUGAAUAUAUUGCAUUGGAGAAACUAGAAUCUAUAUAUAGAUCAAACCAAUAUGUGGCAAACAUUUGUGUUUACGCUGAUAUUACUAAAGUUAAACCAAUUGCUAUUAUCGUUCCAAAUCUACCUCCAUUAACGACAUUGGCUAAAAAGUUAGGAAUUUUAAAGGGUAACGAAGACAUCGAAUCCUACCUAAACAACAAACAAUUAGUCAAGGCCGCUUAUGAUGACAUUAUUAAAACAGGUAGGGCUGCUGGUCUUGUUGGUAUUGAAAUGUUACAAGGUAUUGUUUUUUUUGAUGGUGAGUGGACUCCACAAAACGGUUUUGUUACUUCUGCUCAAAAAUUAAAGAGAAAACUAAUUUUAGAGACUGUUCAAAAGCAAGUUGAUAAAGUUUACGCAUCUUCUUCAUAA